AUGGCUUCGACAACAAUCACCCGCGACAAUGUCACGACUCUCUUCCCCGAUGUCCACACGACGUUGAUCGGCGCCGAUAUGGCACCAAACUCCAUACCCAACGGCACGUCAGAUGCCAACCCGGACGACAUGCUUGCCGGCUACGAUGAAGAACAAAUCCGUCUCAUGGACGAGGUCUGCAUCGUCCUCGACAACGACGACAUGCCCAUUGGAUCCGCCUCCAAAAAGGCUUGCCACCUAAUGACCAAUAUCAACCAGGGACUCUUACAUCGUGCUUUCUCGGUGUUUCUUUUCGACCCGCAGACGAAGAAAUUGCUCCUGCAGCAAAGAGCAAGUGAAAAGAUCACGUUCCCCGACAUGUGGACGAACACAUGCUGUUCACACCCUCUCGCGCACCCUUCAGAGACCGGCAAUGGCGAGCUGACAAGUAACAUCGAAGGCGCCAAACGCGCUGCACAGAGAAAACUCCACCACGAACUCGGCAUCAAGUCAUCACAAGUGCCCAUCUCGGACUUUUCCUUCCUCGCGCGCAUUCACUACCUUGCACCCUCGGACGGCACGUGGGGCGAGCACGAAAUCGACUACAUCCUCUUCAUCGAGGCCGACGUCACGUUGGACAUCAACAAGAACGAAGUCAAAGAUACGCGGUGGGUGAGCCCGGAGGAGCUGAGACAGAUGUUCAAGGAUGUGGAGACGCAGAGCGGCAAGGACAAGGCUCUGAAGUAUACGCCUUGGUUCCGGCUGAUUUGCGAGGGGAUGCUGUUCCACUGGUGGGAACAGCUUGUGCAGGGAAAGUUGGGCGAAGUGGCCAACGAGACACACAUUCGGAGGAUGUAA